AUGCGCCCGACUUGGCUCUCAGGUGUUGCCAAGAAAGCUUAUUAUCUCCACCUCGACGAUGUAUUGAAAAACAACACAGCCUCUCAUACUCUAAAAGCGCAGGAAACCCCAGGCGUCCCCCAGCAUCCAAAAUCAAACCGCAACAUGAUAACCUCCUUUGACCCUUCCCCACACAACUGUACCAUCCAUGGCGACCCAACGCUCUACGCACUCCCGGUCCGACUCGCAUUCUACCUCCCCACCCUCUCGGGCAUCCUUGCCGUCUUCUUUGGUGCCAGCACUCAAUUCCGCGCAAACCAACGCGCCAUCUCAGUCAUUUCCCUCGCCAUAUUCAUCCACCUAAUUUCCAACGUGACAUCUAACUCUCUCGCCCUGCUCGAAUGGAUAAUUGUGUACUUCCUCGUUCUCGCGCUGCCAUCCGGCAUUGCUAUGAAUGGAUAUAUAAAGGAGGAUAAGUGGUCCGCAUUACUGCAGUUCACUGUGUUGUUUGCCGGGCUUUGUGCGCUGCCCUGGCUCGCGUGGAAAAAAGCGCAGCAGGGGCGAGAAGGGAAAGAGGAUUGUAGAGUCAGGAUGUUUUUUUAUGCGUAUUUUGAUAUGUACAACAAACGCUGGAUUAAGGCUUUAAAGGGUGUGACAAUCAUCUCAGAAGUGCUUAUCGGCGGGUUUUUAUUGUUCGUGUUUUCGGGGUGGCAGAUUUGGAAGGAGGGGCCGAAGAAGAAGCGGGAAUGGGGUGGGAGGAGAAAUGUCCGAAAUCCGGAGGCAGAAAGAGAAAAGAAAAAGGAGGCGGUGCAGGAAAAACCUCGACGCAGGCUAGCAUGCUGGCUGGUUUUCACUUCGGCACAUCUGAUCGGGUUUGUGGAGAUGAUUAUUCGUGGGAAUAAGAUUGUUAUGGCGGAGUGGAGGUGGUUGGAUACGAAUCAGCUGACACCUUUUUUGGUGGGAUUGUUUACGUUGUUGUCGACGGUUUUUGGUAUUGUGGUGGAUAAACGGCGGAAGAUAAAAGAAAAGAAAACGCAAGACUAUCGGCCGGUGGUUCUGGAGCCGGUUGUAGUGGAAGCGGAAGGUGGGAUUCAGGAGUUUACGGUUGAUGAGAUCCGAGUUGGAACGUUUAAGCGCUUCAUAGUAGAACAUUUGACCAAUACUGAGAACAUACCCAUCAUCUUGCUGCAAGGGGCGAAACUCCUCGACCGGUUAGUUUCAUGGAAUCGAAAACCUGAAACAUGUACAACGAUGAAAAUGCUUUUGUCAGCCAUCCACUAA